GAUGGCCCAGUGUCGGAAGGCACUAGACCAGUUUGCUAUCAAGUAGCUGGAAGAAACCAUGGAAUUGUCUAGGAAAGGAGAAAUCAGACCAGAAGUGACUGUGGCUACGAUAGACGCAAACAUCCAGCAAUUAAAAGAAGCACUGACUGCGGAAGAAAGGAAGAAAGAAGAACUAGCCCGGAAACAAGAACAGGAACUGAAACGGAAACAGAAAGUAAAUGAAAUCAGACAAGUAAUAGGAACAGAAGGGAAAGAACAAACUGACCUGACACAGACGUUGUAUCACAUCAUGGCUUACCUCACCUUCUUAGAAGAAAAGAUUGACAAACAACAAUGCCAGUUAGAUGAGAUUGUUGUAGGAUUGCGAACUGUCACAAACAUUGUGAAAGGAAAGCAUCCAGCAGGAGAAAAAGAAGAAGAGGUUAAGGAAGAAAAGAAAGAAGUCAAUAAGUUAAUGGGUGAUGCAAUGAAGUCUGCUGUUUCUCAAGAUCAGAAAACGUCUAAUGGAGGAGGGAAGUCGUCUAAUGGAGGAGGAUCAAGUCCGUUUCUUCUCCACCGAACACUCCUCCUUCUUCUCCUCCCUCCUCUCCACCUCCACAACCUCCAGCUUCUCCGAAAGUUCCUUAGCAAGAUCAAGGAACGCUUCCUCGACGAGACAACGACCGAUAAGGCCUUCGACCAGCUCACCACCAUUGGCCAGAGACAUUGGACCUUUGUGGAAGCUUUGUCUCGGGAAGUUGAUCGGUUGCUGCAUGUUCCUGGAUUGAACCUGCAAGACAACCAAGUCUUGUAUAUCUAUUCCCGCGCUCUGCCUGAGCCUAUCCGUGGACAACUCGUGGCAGAAUCGAAAUCCGGAAAGUACAAUUAUAGGCAGUUUCGCAAUUUGGCUCUCCAGCGAGAGCAAAUGACUUCACAGGUGAAGAACUCGUAUGCCUCUGUAGUAAAGUGUGGCGGUGGAGGAGGCGCAGUCGUAGGUAAGCGGGUACUCUGGCGCCAAAAGCGUCAGGACCACACCCUCGUCGUCUUUGAUGACGAUACUGUGGAGAAGUGGCCAUUGGAGGCCGAGGGUGUGGCGAGCAGCAAUGAUUCCGGGAAGGGGGAAGUCACUGCUGCCGUGGUCAACAAGGGGGGACCACGACCACCAGAAAAGAAGAAGAAGCCACGCUCGUUUCCCGAACAUCCCGGAAUUACGACCGGGAGGCCAUGGGAAAAGAUGGGGAUAUCACAGGAAUUGUGGCAAGAACGGAUGAACAAUGCACAAUGCCAACCAGAGGUCCACUACAAGGAAGCUGCAAAGAUUUUGGCGGAGAAGAGGGCAAGGAAGGAGAAGGAUCUGGAGAAGAAAGCAAAGAAGGUGGCUCUCUUGGAAGAGAAAGCCAAGAAAAAGAAGGAGCAGGAGGAGUUAAAACGGCGAGGCGCUGGCUGGUCGGAGGUGGUGGGGCACUGGCUUCUCGCAGGUUGCGAUGCGCUGGCUUCUCGGGAGUGGCGAGGUGCUGGCUGUGUGAAUACAGCGAGGCGCUGGCUGUUGGCGGGGGGCGAGGCGCUGGCAACAGGAAGAAAAAGGGUAGGUGGUCGGCUACGGUGGGCGGGUGUGGGUGAAGGAGGAGGAAGAAGGGUUGGGGAGGUCCGGCUAUGGAGGAUGGACGUGGGUGAUGGAGGAGGGAGAAGGGUAGAGUGUGGUCGGCUAUGGUGGACGAGUGCGGGUGAUGGAGGAGGAAGAAGGGUUGGGGGUGGUUGGCUAUGGUGGACGGGCGUGGGUGAUGGAGGAGGAAGAAGGGUUGAGGGUGGCCGGCUAUGGUGGACGGGUGUGGGUGAUGGAGGAAGAAGGAGGGUUGAAGGUGGUCGGCUAUGGUGGACGGGUGUGAGUGAUGGAGGACGAAGAAGGGUUGGGGUGGUCCAGCUAUGGUGGACGGGUGUGGGUGACGGACGAGGAAGAAGGGUUGGGGAGGUCCGGCUAUGGAGGAUGGACGUGGAUGAUGGAGGAGGAAGGAGGGUCGGAGAUGGUUGGCCAUGGCGGACGGGUGUGAGCGGAGGAGGAAGAAGAAGGGUUGGGGUGCUCCAACAAUGGUGGACGGGUGUGGGUGACGGAGGGGGAAGGAGGGUUGAAGGUGGUUGGCUAUGGCGGACGGGUGUGGAUGACGGAGGAGGAAGGAGGGUUCGAGGUGGUCGGCUAUGGUGGACGGGCGUGGGUGAGGGAGGAGGAAGAAGGGUUGGGGAGGUCCGGCUAUGGAGGAUGAACGUGGAUGAUGGAGGAGGAAGGAGGGUCGGAGGUGGUCAGCUAUGGUGGACGGGUGUGGGUGACGGGGGAGGAAGAAGGGUUGGAGGUGGUCGGCUAUGGUGGACGACCGUGGGUGAGGGAGGAGGAAGAAGGGUUGGGGAGGUCCGGCUAUGGAGGAUGAACGUGGAUGAUGGAGGAGGAAGGAGGGUUGGAGGUGGUCGGCUAUGGUGGACGGGUGUGGGUGAUGGAGGAGGAAGAAGGGUUGGAGGUGGUCGGCUAUGGUGGACGGGUGUGGGUGACGGGGGAGGAAGAAGGGUUGGAGGUGGUCGGCUAUGGUGGACGGGUGUGGGUGAUGGAGGACGAAGAAGGGUUGGGGUGGUUCGGCUAUGGUGGACGGGUGUGGGUGACGGAGGAGGAAGAAGGGUUGGGGAGGUCCGACUACGGAAGAUGGACGUGGAUGAUGGAGGAGGAAGGAGGGUUGUGGAUGGUUGGCUAUGGCGGACGGGUGUGGUGAAGGAGGAAGAAGAAGGGUUGGGGUGGUCCGGCUAUGGUGGACGGGUGUGGGUGACGGAGGAGGAAGAAGGGUUGGGGAGGUCCGGUUAUGGAGGAUGGACGUGGAUGAUGGAGGAGGAAGGAGGGUCGGCGAUGGUCGGCUAUGGCGGACGGGUAGCCGACACGAUGGAACGAAUUCACGUGAACUGCGCAUGGCUGGCGGAAGAAUUCUAUAGGACGUCCUUGAAAUUCUGGCCCUUCCACGGUGAUAGAGCUCGGGAGGAGAACGAAGGCGAGUGUGUGAUGGCGCGAAGAAGGACGUUCCUGGAGGAACGCCCCUUGGGCAUUGAGCCGCCUAGGGAAGUACCGGGUGGGGUAGAGGUUAGCUUGCCGACGACAAGUGAAGGCUGGCACCAGGUGGCAGAUUGGGUCGGGGUCGAGCUUGUGGAAAAUAUGGUUUACUUGGUAACGAAAGUUGAGUGGCGUGCGGAUGAGAAUGGGGAAUGGAACACAGACCCGCGGGGGCAUGUGCGUGCGAAAGGACGACUGUAUGUGUCAGAAGAUGGGUGGAGGGAGUUCGCAGUUCGGCUGGCAUUAGGAGAAGACCUGUUGAGCAUGUUUGAAGGGGCAUGGCAGUUAGUAUGGCGAACGGGAUUUGAGUUCGCAGAUCCGCAGGUCCACGAUGUAACAGCAGACCUUAGGGUAGCCAUGGUCGGGGGUUUCGAAUUGCCUAGUGAAAAUGUACGAAUGAGGUUGCCGCCCUUCCUGUUGGAAAGGCUGGGCGGUCUGGGACUUGUUAGACAAGCGGUAGCCGACCUCGCAAGUCUGACAUAUGAAGAUGCGAUGGUACAUCGAGAAUACUAUCGGGCCUUCCUAGAAAUGGGGCCGUUCGGUGGGGAGCAGAAGUAUGAGGUGUUGCGCAUCCUGCGUGCUGUGUUUAGCACCAGGCUGAGGGCUCCGACCGUAGGAAGUGAGGUCCUGUGGGGUGUCAUCCGACGGGAAAUAAGUCAAGGGAUGGUGUACGUGGAUGAUCUGUACCGAUUUCCGAGAAAUUACGGACUGCAUGAGGACGCCAAGGCCAAGGGGAAAUGGGCUACGGCAAGCCCGGAAGAACUAGGCAAAAUGGCAAUGGAGGAGGAGACAGAUAACCGUAAGAGUGAAGGGGAACCAGGCUUAGAAGGCAGUGCCGCGCAAAGCGAAGGGGGGCAGAAGGACAGAGAAUCGAUAAAUCCGGAUGGUACCAAAGGGAACCGGAAGGAAAUCUCCACAGGAGAAAGCUCAGGGAAAGGCGGGGGAAGCAGGCAAGGGACCCAGGGGACCAAGGAAGGCAGAAAUAAGGAUAGGACAAGCCCCCGAAACUCGGAAGGAGCCAUGCCUAAGAAAGUAAGGGUCACGGACACGAGGCGCAAACUAGCCGAGAUAGACAAGAGGACCGCGGAAUACAAGGCAAGACUGAUUGAGGAAAUGAUGACUGGGAACGAAGAAGGUCCUCUGCAGGAGGAACCUCGGGACGAACGGAAAGCCAGCCAAGGCGAGGCCAGCAGCUCCGAGGGCGGCCUUAAGAAGAUAGUGUCGUCCCUCGCGUGGGCACUAAACAAAAAUCAAGGCUAUCUGGCAGACGCUAAGAAAAAGCUGACUUUUGAUGGAGCAAACAUCACGGAGUUCCUGAUCGACUACGAGAACCUAGCUGCGUUACUAAAGUGGACCGAGGAGGAAAAGAUGGACCAUCUAGGACAGCAUGUGUCGUUAAGCCUAGGACGGGACAUAAUGGCCAUUGUAGCCGCAAACCAGUCUUGGAAGGAGACCCGGGAUGUGAUGAUGAGGAAGUACCUAGCGGCAGAGAAAAUGGCAACGGAGGCCAACCUAGCGGCAGUCCAGAGGAAGAACUUCGCAACGUACAAUGAUUUCCUACGGGAAUUUACUCUGGUAGCACUAAGGAUCCCCGGGGUCACGAACCGGAUAAUGAGCAAAUAUUUCCUCAGGCAGUUCUCCGAGUUCGACAAAGACAAGAUCCUGUCAGCCUACCAACAGACGAGCAAGUUCGUAAACACGCGGGAUGUUGAUUUUAGCAUGGUAACGGAUCUGGCUGAGAAAACGGUAGUAACGGAGACGUUGGCCUUGCUCAAGGAAGGAGAGAUCAUAGAUCUGACCGGUAGGACGGACGACAAGGUAAAAAAGGGGAUUGAAAGUCUACAUGAACGGGUGCACGGGGUCGACAAUAAGAUUGAAAGGAUGGAAGGCGCGCUACUGGUUAUGCAAGCGCAAGUAUCCCGACCUGCCCUCCCUCCCCAGGAAGUUGUGGUCCCGCCAGGUGUAGCAAACCGGGGAUUCAGACGGAGAGAUCCUGCUAACGAGCAAUGCAAGUACUGCACCGCGAUAGGACAUUAUGUGCGCGCAUGCCCAAAGCUCAACCAUGAUAUUCUGAAAAGAAGGUGUACCAGGUCAUUAAAGGGGGAGAUAUUUGGACCACAAGGGGAACAGGUGAACUGGAACUCACCAGGAGGGAUGCGGCAAGCCAUUAUCAUGCUCAACGGUCUAGAAAUAACAGUCGUAGAAGCCGAACUGGUGGGCGAGAUCAUCUGGGAUCAGCUCCGGGACCGUGGGCCGCAGGCCAACUUUAUUUUGGAAAGCGACGGACGUGAUAGGGUGAACGCAACCACUCGACUAGGAACAGCCGGGAGAAGGAUUAACCGUGACACCAUUAUGGAGGAGGUCGUCGGGAGCUCCGAACCCCAGGCGGAGGAACCAGAGAAAGUCUAUGGGAAGCCUAGGGAAGAGGAGCCUGCGGACAAGGUUACCGCCGCUAAGAAGAAGUUUAGGUAUCAAAUCCCGAUCUUAACCUUGCCUGAGCUCGACGACACCAUUAGCAAGUUACUAGGAACCAUGGUGUCGGUGUCUUUUCAGACCAUGCUGCAGGCUAGUCCUAGGUUGUUUAAAGGGCUCAGACAACUAUUGACUCGGAGGCGAGUAGAAAUAGGCGUCGACCCCGAAUUACCAGAAGGGGAGAGGGAGGAGGAAGCUCCGCAAGAAGUGGCUGACCUUCAUAGGAGUCGCGGGGACUUGGAGGAUCUCGAAAAGGCCUUUGCAGACAUUCAGAUGAUAGGCAUGCACUUGCACGAUGGCUCGUACAUGGUAGACAUAGAGGACCCUGUGACCGGCCGGGGAGAGCUCCUCCGACUCCUUGGAACGGGAGGAGACCCCCCGAAGGGGAAAUUGGCAACAUGGUCGCCGUCGUUCGAGGAUAGCACGCGAAAAGGGGCUUUCGCACGGAUGGAGGGUAUGAGAGAAAGGGUAGAAACCAUGAAUGAGGAGACAUUCAACAAGAGGGAGUGGAUCGAGAUGGGCCUGCCCCAGAAGAAGAGGAGGCAGGAGGACGAAGUCCUAGGUGUUAUGGUAGCGGAAAAGGAGUCAGAGGUCGAACUUGGUGCUAGUCUGCCCAAACGGAAAGAAGUACGCAUAGAUGUGUCGGAAAUCACACUCGAGAUCCCCGAUCUAUUGCAACUCAUCAAGGCCCUCAGAUACCACAAGGUAGGAGUGGAUUCGGCAGCCUUGGCCAAGUUCGAAAGAGAGGUGCAAAAGGGAUAUUGCCUGAAUGGGAAACUAGUUAGUAUUCAACUACGAGUCGUAGAGGCGACGGGGGCAAUUCCGACUGUUCAUUUUUUAGGAGAAAGAUCCCGGAAGGAAGUGUUCGAAAGUACAAGCCGGAAGCCGGAUGCGGCAAAGACCGACAAGAUAUCACAAUGUCCGACACCACUGCGCAUGACGACGGAGGCCUACCUAUUUGGGAGGCGGUUCAUCUUAAGGAUCGAUCCGACGAAUGUCGCAGGGGCUCUAAAGAAUUACAGGCCUAUAGAUCCGACGGUAGGGAGAUGGGUAGGAUUCAUCUGGCAGUUCGAUUACAAGAUCGAACGGAUUGCUGGAAUCCGCAACAAGGCAGAUGGGCUGAGUCGGGCUUGCAUCACUCCCGAAGGGUUGGAGGAUGCAGAGCCCAUAAACGCCUUCCUUGAUUAUGAAGGAGGGACUCUCGUGGUGGAUAACGAAAUGAUGAGCGAGGGAUGCACAUCGAAAGAACUAUUGAUCCAGACUUUGGAGAAGGGAGCACCUGUCGUAGUAGCAGAACUUAGAGAAGGAUUAGUUACCACUCGAGGACGCAGAGAAGAAAAUGACUCAUGGGGAGCGAUAGUAGGGCCGAAAGAGGAACUAAUGGCAAUGGCAGUCGAGGGAGGCUGGAAGGCAGUGAUGAGCUUAGUGGAAUCUUGGGAAAGGAAAGAGUUGCAAUGGGUGGUAAACCAGAUGCAGGAAGGAAAGGAUGGGGGCCAGGAAGAGGAGGAGUUUUUCUAUGUCCAAUCAUACGAAGGGCUCUUUCGGGAGAUCGGGUUGUUGUUGGUAGGAAACAAACAACCUACGGAAGUCAGUAUUAAAGCAAAAGAAGAAGCCGAAAGGCCAGUGGUAGGUCGGGGUGGAAGGAAAUGCUUGUGUAGGAAACCCUCACCCCUCCGCAAGGGAGAAGGCAUAGAAAUAUCAUAUGACAGUGAGGGCGAAAAGGGAAGGGCAAAUGUGGAAGAAGGAGGCAACACAGAAAUGGGAGAUAAGGCUCGGGUCUCUAACAAGGGAGGGGCCAACAGGGGCGAACGACGUGAGACUUGGCAUGGGGAAAGUGAGGGGGGACAAGGUAUGCGCGAUGAACGUAAGGAGGAUGAGGAGAAAAGGGAGAGCCCGCUUGAAGGACGAAGCGGUCACGGCAGUAGCGAGGGGUAUGGGACGGGGACAGAGAUCCUUUUUACCUACGACCCAAAGAACCUUGCUGGUGGGUAUAGCCCCAUACAGACUGAAGACAAGGGGGACGAGGAGAAGGAUGUGCGAGAAGUCAUAGAAAUCAGCAGCGGGGAUGAGAGGGAUGAGAUCUCAAGGCCUAGGGAAGAGGGGCGGCCUCCGAUGCACCAGCCGGGCGACGGGGCUUUUAGAUGGGAGGACGAGUUCGGACCAACGCCCAGUCAUUGGUUUCAGCAAUGGACCAUUGUAAUCAGGCACGAAUGGAUUAUCAAGACUCGGGAACUCGCAAGGGCAGGGGUGGAAGCCACACCACUGGACUUUUUCAACGAGGCAGAGUUGCAUAAAAUUCAAGAUGAUGACACUGUGUAUAGACUCGUAGAGUACAUGUCCGCUAGAUUGUCGUCAGAGAAGGUAGCGACAUCAACCCGCCGCAAGCCGCUGGAGCAACGACCCGUCGCCGCCAGCUCCUCCAAUACCGCCGAUCGCCUCGACGCCUUGGAGAUGAACGUCGGAACACUCAUGAACGGCGCACGGGCACAGCAAGCGGCUACUCAAGAACUCAAGCAGCGGAUCUGCGCUGCAGGCGCUGGCCCGAGCACGUCAACACGCGAGGCAAUUCUGAAGUUUGACAUCUUGGACACGGACUUCGAUAUCGUUUUGGGAAUGCCUUGGGUUGCAAGUGCGGAUCACAUGGUCAACUUCCAUCGGCGGACUCUUACCAUCCCCGACGCCUUCUGCGCUGAAGUGUCGUUUACAAUGCCUCUUCCGCACCCUUCGAUCCGAUGCCAAGUGCUGACGGCCAAGUCAUUCCGGGGUACUUGUGCUUACAAGCAGCCUGACGAGAUAGGCCUAUGUUUCUUACGAACCGUUACAGUAGCCGACUCUUCACCCACGGACUUGUCUUCAGACCCCCGUGUGGUGCGGUUGCUUGACGAGUUCGCCGACAUCUUCAAGUCACCUACCGGUGUGGUGCCGAACCGGCCGAUCUCUCACGAGAUCAUUCUUGAGGCCGGUGUCGUGCCGCCGAAAGGUUGCAUCUAUCGCAUGACUGAGGAGAAGCUCACGGUCCUCCACGCACAACCCAACGACUUGUUGGACAAGGGUUGGAUCCGCCCUAGUAGCUCCCCAUAUGGAGCAGCAGUUCUCUUCGUACGAAAGACGAACAAGGAUCUACGAUUGUGCAUCGAUUACCGGAAGCUCAACGCGCAAACCGUCAAGAAUGUAGGGCCUCUUCCUCGUAUUGACGAUCUUCUUGACCGAUUGGGCGGCGCGAAGUACUUUUCCAAGUUGGACUUGAAGUCGGGCUAUCAUUAGAUUUCGAUACGCCCGAAUGAUCGCUAUAAAUUCGCGUUCAGGACACGGUACGGGCAUUUUGAGUGGGUCGUCAUGCCUUUUGGCCUCGCCAAUGCCCCAACGACCUUUCAAGCGACGAUGACCAACGAGUUCCGUGCGAUGUGGGACCGGUUCGUGCUGGUCUACUUGGACGACAUUCUCGUCUAUAGUCGGACCUUGGAGGAUUACCUUGAGCACCUUCGACGAGUGUUGGAGAUGCUCGAAGGUGCUCCGCCGUGUGAACUACAAAGCCAACCGCGA